ACAAAGCAAAGUUCCACCCUCCCUCCCUCUCUCUCUCUCUUUUCUCUUCUCUUAAAAAAAAAAGUUUUGAGAAUUUCACUUUUCUAUUCACAGCAGCCCUGGCCAAAGUAAAGCCCUCUUUUACAUUGACGUCAAGAUCUUUACCAAGAUUAGGGUUUCAUUUCUGUAUUGCAGCAAUUAGCCAGGGAAUGUAUAAAAGGCUUCAGGGAAGCAAGCUAGGACUCCAGAGGGAAAGCACUUUGCACCACAGACAGAUAGCGCGAGAGAGGAGGGAGACAGGGACACACAGAGAGAGGGACAGAAAGUUUGUGUACAAAGACCUUAAAAAAAAGUAGCGUUGCACCUGGUAAUACUGGUGACACAGAAAUUAGAGGUCUGCUUAGUGCUUAAAUAGCUGAGAGACAAUGGGACAGGAGAGGAAAGUGAACGAUCUCUGCUUAAAUUUCAUAAUUGCAGGGAAGUAGAAGCACAGCUGCCUCUGUCUUUAACGGACUCCAAAGGGCUAUUGGAUAAGGGAAACAUUUUAGUCUCUGAAAAAGAAAAAGCAGCUCAGAGUAGAAUGAAUUUCAUGCUGAGUUCUGGCUUUGACCAGCCUGAGUAUAUUUAAUAAUUUCUGCUGCCGUUGAGAGAAAGAGGCGGGAGGUGGAGGGGGCUGAUGAGUUUUUUAAAAAUGCCUUUCAUUUUAUUUUAUCUUAUUUUUUAAAUGAGUGCUCAGGGCAAAAAAGGGAGCUGAAGGGAACCCGUUGGAGAGCAGCAGCAGGGAAGAUGGGUCUGUUAAGCGUGGAUUUGCUGAUCGCGCUUCAGAUCUUGCCGGUUUUUUUCUCCAAUUGCCUCUUUCUUGCACUCUACGACUCUGUGAUCCUCCUGAAGCACAUGGUGCUGCUCCUGAGUCGCUCUAAGGCGGCGCGUGGCGAGUGGAGAAGAAUGCUGACCUCGGAGGGACUACGCUGCGUCUGGAAUAGCUUCCUCCUAGAUGCCUACAAACAGGUGAAAUUGGGAGGAGAAGCCCCAAACUCCAAUGUGAUCCACAUAGCUAAUGGCAGCAGCAGCAGCAGUAGCAGAAGGAAAAGUGUUGGCGGGAAAUAUGGAACCAAGUGCCACCUCCUUGACUUUGCCAAUUCAGAGCGCCCGCUUGUGGUUAACUUUGGUUCAGCCACCUGACCCCCAUUCACGAGCCAGCUGUCGGCCUUCGGCAAGCUGGUGGAGGAGUUCUCAGGUGUGGCCGAUUUCCUGUUGGUCUACAUCGAUGAGGCUCACCCAUCGGAUGGCUGGGCUGCCCCUGGGAUCUCCCCCUCCUCAUUUGAGGUGAGGAAGCACAGGAACCAGGAAGACCGAUGUGCUGCUGCUAACCAGCUCCUGGAGCGGUUUUCCUUGCCACCCCAGUGCCAAGUGGUAGCUGACUGCAUGGACAAUAAUGCCAAUGUGGCCUAUGGGGUCUCCUUCGAACGAGUGUGCAUCGUGCAGAGACAGAAAAUUGCCUACCUGGGGGGCAAGGGCCCCUUUUUCUACAACCUCCAGGAAGUCCGGCUUUGGCUGGAGCAAAACUUCAGCAAGAGAUGAAAUCCAGUCUAAGUUGAACAAAGUGUGUCAAGAGCUUUGUCCCUUUAAAGUGAUAUAAAAGGGAAAAAAACACACUGUUUUACAAUAGGUCUUUUGGGGCCUGUUGCAGGAGAACAGGUUCAAUAAUAAGGUCAAAUGAAUGCAAGCCAGGAAAAAAAACAAAAAAAAACCCAGCACAUAAAAAGAGAAUUGUGUGAGACAAUCCUACUCCUGCCUUCUUAACAGGGCAGAAAAGGCCACUGUGAAAAGUGCUGCUGCUGCGCAUGAAAGGUGGUGGGAUGAGAUUUCUCGCCCAUCCUUUUAACAACAUGUUGACUUUAGGUUCAGAAGAAAGCAUUGCUUCCUGGAAGGCGAUUCUGCGGAGAGGCAACCUCAUGUAUUUGAUCAGGGACAUCUCACUUUUCCAUUGAGGCCUGUGUAGGCAACUUGCCAGCAACCUGGGACCUUCAAUUAAUUUGCAUAAAAUGGAGUGGAUUAUGACUGCCUUCCUGUUUUGAUAGAGAUGUAUGACCCAGCAGAGACUACAAGAUCCACCAUGCAGUGCAAACUGGCUGCUCAGUUCAAGAUGAAACAUUGUAUGUGGAUUUUGGUACUCUCUACAGGCAGCCUCUCUGCGUUGUGUGUGUGUGUGUACAGUACGCACACAUACACACACACACAAACACACACACUCUUAGGCUUCUGUAUGUUAACAAUUAAAUUGGCAGCAGGCCACACCAUAGAACUCCAUAGGCUGCAUUUGGCUCUCAGGCUACACCUUGGUCACCACUGUGAGACAGAGAAGGAGAGAGAGAGAGAGUGAAGAAAAGCGGUGAUGGGCGGGCGGGGGAGGGAGAAGGAUACAGAUGAAAGAGUCUGCAAGAUCCUAAGAUCAAAGGAGUGAGGGAGAAAGAAACAGAGAUUGUGUAAUAAAACUAUAACUUUUCACUUUGAAAAUUCAGAAAGUGGGAUUAUUUGUCACCAACACACACAGAUAUACACACACAGUGAAGAGUUCAGCUGAUGCCAGCCUUCAAUAUGUGGGACUGAAAAGAUGUAUUCAUUGCUGCUUUUUUCUUUCUUAAAGAGAAACAGCAGAGAGAGAGAGAGAGAGAGAGAGAGAGAAAGAGAAUUAGGGGUAAUUUUGUGUUUAGUUUUGUAAAAGUAAUUUAUUUCUUUUGACCUAGCAGGCAUAUUUUUGAGCGGGGGCGGGACUUACACACCACUUUACCUCAUUGGAAUUGAAACCUGUCCAGUUGAUUACCCUGUUAAAGUGGUCAUGUUGAUUUUUGCUAUCCUAGAUGCCUGCAAUUAGUUUACAGCCAUAUUAGUUCAUUGAAAAGUUAAACAGUCUUUAGCCUCAGCAACUGCAAUUCUGUUGGGCAGGAUAGCAUUUGGUUCAUGUUUCAUUCUUCUUCUCAGAAGCCUUUGGGGAAAAAAACCCCAUCACACUGGCCUCACAGUCACCACUUUAUUUCUCUGAAGAGGUUAAGGAUGAACUGAGUGAAUUAUCAAGAACAAUUGUAACAAAUGGCUGGAUUUCUCAAAAAUGGCUGAGGGGAAUAUUCUGAAGUAUAUUUAAAGAGACACUGUCAACUUGGUCUAGGCCUUAAGUAUGUUUAGGUUUUGUAAAAAAUUAAGGGAUUUUACAAAACCUAACACAAAUGGACAUGCUUCCAUUGUGCUAGUGCAUGAGAACUGGGAAGUGAAACUGACUAAUUACAAGAGUGAACCUGACCAGCGUAGUUUCACAGUCCAAGCUGAGAGAAAUGCAAAACAAGCAAACAGCAUAAAGUGGGGGAAAAUAAAGGAAAGUGUUAAAUCUCUUACCCUGCUAAUCACCUGAGAUGUUAGUACAAAUACAGGGAAGAACUGAAAAAAAAAAAGAAAUAUUUCUAUUUUACAGUGUCCCUUUAAUCACACUUGGCAUAUUUCCUUUUGUUUUGGUGUGAGUCAAUUCAGCUAAUGCACAUGGCAUUUUAAAAAAAAAUAUGUCUCUUUUAAGAACAGAUAUGACAUUUUGACAGCAAUGUGAGUGUGAUUUCUUAUGCAUCCAGGUUAAUGCCUCCCCCCUGGAUGCAUAAACAAACCCUGGUAAAGCAUAGGGUGACCAGAUGUCCCGAUUUUAUAGGGACAGUCCUGAUUUUUGGGUCUUUUUCUUAUAUAGGGGCCUAUUACCCCCCACCCCCGUACCGAUUUUUCACACUUGCUGUCUGGUCACCCUAGUAAAGCAUCCCAGAGAAUCUGGUGGGGAAUGGAGUUCAGAGAGCCAAGUUCAGCUGGGUGGACGGAAGAGCGUGGUACUCCUGUAUUUCAGGUUUUCAUACUUGCGCUAAGUAAUUUGUGAUGAGGGGUAAAAAAGGGAAGAUGACAUACACUGUUGCCUUCUUUAGGGUGGGCCAAGGGUAUAUAGUAAGAGGUAAGAAGAAAAAAUUGAACAAUGGAAAAUUUAGGCUGAAUAUCCAUCUACUCCAAUGUCUGCCUUCUGGUAUAUAAACCUGACUUCUCAGACCAUUCAGUGAAGUGAUAAUGACCUAGCAAUUACUAUGGUACAUUUUUAUGACUGUGUGGGAGAGCUACCUUAAACCUAUGAACACAGAAACAGGAAUUGCCUACUGGAUCAGAUCACUAGUUCAUCUAGUGCAGUAUCCUAUCUCGGAUAGUGUCAGAUGCUUUAGAAGAAGGUGCAAAAAUCCCUAUACUGGACCAUUCAGAAGUAAACUGUCCACAGGAGUUACUUGUUCUGAACCACAGACAGUUAAUGCUUGGCUUUAUCCUUUCUAGUGUGACUACAGAUGUCUUCAUUAUCCAUAUAAAUGCCUGGUCCUUUUUUGGAAUUCUGUGAAGAACUUGAGCUCAGUUCUGUCUCAUGGCAGUGAAUCUGAUGAUCAAAACACAUCCUGUGUUUAAAAAAAAAUUCCUUUUAUCAAAUUUGUUGCCUUUCAAUUUAAUUGAAUUUCUCCUUGGUCUUGUAUUAUAAGACAGAGUAAAUAGGGGCACCCAAUUCUCCUUCUGUGUGUCAUUCAUUAUUUUGUAUACUUUUGAUGCAAGUCUUAUUUGUGUCCUUUCUAAACAAAACAAUCCUAAUCUUUCAAUCCCUCAUAUGGGUCCAUAUCUCUUAUCAUUUCCUCCCAUUUCUGGACUCCUUCUCUUUUUGCUUAACUACCUUUUUCAGGUAGGGUGACCAGAGCUGAAAACAGUAUUCCAGAUGAAAACAUUCAGUGGGUGUAUAUAAUAAUGUAAUAUUUUCAAUGUUAUUUUCUAUUCCAUUCUUCAGACAUCCUAAACUUUAUCAUUCCAUAACUGCUUCAGGCUAUAACCCGAUGUGCUUUGUAAAGCUUAAACCUACCUUUCUUUCUUUCUUUCUUUCUUUCUUCAAUCUGGGACUUUUAGCAUUGUCUAAGUUGUCUGUUUGCGAAAUGCCAACCCAAGUGUCUAAUAUGACUGUUGAAACAUAUCUUAAGAUCACAAGAAGGAGUCCGAAUUAGUAACUCUAAUACUCCUUUGCAUAGCUAAAGUCACAGUAAUUUUGCAUAGCUUUUUUCUCCUUUUUGGAUUUCUACUAUUUUGUCCCUCUCUUAUGUGUGGGUGUCUUGUUAUUCAUAGAUGGGUUUUCAUUGCACAGCAAGGGAAUUAUAAAACUGGCUUCUGUAAAUAGACAAUCCUCAAGGAUCAGAACUUUCUUUCUUGGCAACAUAAAUUCCUGACCCUGGCCAAAAUGCAAAGAUGCUGGCAACCUCUGUGGUUAUCAUGACAGGGAUACAUUUUGUAAAUUCUUUUGAUCCCUCCAGAAAACAUAUGGCCAAAAAGCAGAGGGGAAUAUUUUCAAUAGAAAAGAAAUGAGCUUAGAGAAAAAGAUGUUUUGUCUUUUAUAAGUGAUUAAUAGAAACAUUAAAUACAAUUCCUUUAAUUUUUUGAUGGUGUAAAAGGAUACAACUUUUAGAAAAGGUUUAAAGAAUAAUGAAAUAAUGUCACCAUUUUGCUACUAACAUGGCAUAAUUGGCCAGGUGCAUUGUGAGGUUGGGUUUCCCUUUCUCUGUACCUUUACACAAGGCAUCUGCUGGACCAGAAUAACUAUUGUUUAUUCCAGUAUGGCAAAUCUUACAUUCUGAAGUUGAAUAGAAUUCACAGAAGAGGCUAAUGCCUGAAAAUAUUCCAGAAAGUCACUGCACAGAAUAGGGAAUGCAGUCCUGUCCCUUGGCAGUAGCUGGAGAUCGGUAACUGUUUUUUAAAAUAUCCUAGCAUGCCUGCAAAGUCACUUUGGACCUGAUUCUCCACAGACGUUUGCCUUAUAUCAUUAUUUAGCCCUGUGCAAAAUAAGUGUAAGUGACACCACCAGAAUGAUAGCUUUUUGCUCAUCCUUUGCACUUGUGUAAAUGAUGACACAAGGUGAAAGGCAGUGGAGAAUCAGGCCCGGCACAUUUUAAAAUGAAAAAAUGCAUGGCAAAAUGUAUGUCACUGAACAGCUGCGCUAAGGACUUCAAAAACCUAAAGGCGAUUAUUCUUCUGAAGGUUGUCUAGAUGGAGAAAUCCAUGAAGCUUCUUAAAAAUGUCUCAGUGGUGUGUGUGAGACCUUUAUAUGUUGUUGGGUGUAGGAUUAAGAUUUUUAACAUACAUUCAGUACUAUAACCAAAGCGAUAAAAGAGGUAUCAGGUAGGGAAUAAUGGCCAGUUUUGUUCGACUCUACACCAUAUCAAUGCAUGACCCAUAUGCAGCAAACUAGAGGCCUGAAUUCUGGGCUGUACAGAUGGGGGAUGAGGGCAAGGCAGGGGUGCUAGUGUGCUCAUGAAGACCGCUAACAAAAGAGUAACUAACUCCGUUGGCGUUCAGAUACCAUCACACUGGCAUUUCUUUCUGCGUUUUGUUAUCUCUGUUUGGAGGGUCUGCUUGAUGUCCAUUCAUUUGAGUACUGUGGGUAGAGAUGUGUUUGUGUGUGCAUCAUUGUUUAGAUGUCAGAAAUAUACUUCAUAGGAGAACCAGCACAAAUGUGUUAUAAUAUUGGUGCUCUGUGGAAUGUGUGCUUUUUAGACUUGUUUUUUUUUCUUGUAUUUUAAUAAAAUCUAAAGGCAAAAAUA